AUGAGUUUCAAUAAUGAUAAUUUAGACGACAGCUUUUUUUCCCUCAGUGAUUCAGAUGGAUUGAGCAGUAAUGAUAGUUAUCACAGCAUCCCUUCUUUAAGUGAAAUUCUUGAUUCUCAUUUCUCAGAUACUCUGAAAAACUUUAAUGUUGUGCAUAUAAAUGCCCAGAGUAUUCCUGCACAUUAUCCUGACAUGUUGUCCUCAUUUUAUAACGAAAAUAUACAUGCGAUAUUAGUUUCUGAAUCUUGGCUAGAACCAUGUUUGCCUUCAACAUCUUACUCUCUUCCCGGAUUCCACUUGAUUCGCAACGAUCGCCUUGGGUGCGCUGGCGGUGGCGUGGCGAUUUAUUUAAGAUCACACAUUCCUUACACAGUUUUAAAUACUUCGCAGCCAUUGUCUAGUGCCGGCCCUGAACACCUAUUCAUCGAAAUAUUAUUUGGACAUUUAAAGCUUCUUCUCGGUGUCUUUUAUAGUCCAAAUGUUACAAUUGAUUAUUUUUCAUCAUUUGAAAUUCUUUUAGAACAAUACUCCUCGCUUUAUAAUCACACUAUUGUUAUGGGAGAUUUCAAUACUUGUCUUCUCAAAAAUUAUGCUAGAGCAUCCCGUCUGAAAUCUCUCGUUAAUGGCAUUAACUUACAUAUUCUCCCACAUUCUGCGACUCAUGCUUUUCCAAAUUGUGUGCCUUCUCUUCUUGAUUUAAUACUUGUUUCUUCCAUUGACCACGUUGCAAAGCAUGGUCAAUGCAAUGCCUCCGCUUUUUCUUACCAUGAUCUACUUUACCUGUGCUAUAAAUUAAAACCUCCUAAAGCUAAGCAAAGGAUUCUUCUCCGGCGCAAUUUUAGUAGAAUGGACCUGGAUAAGUUACGAGAAGAUACUGCUAAGGUUGACUGGUCAGUAGUUGCGAAUGCUGUUGAUGAGCAGAUAUCUAUUUUUAACAGCAUACUUACACAACUGUAUGACAUUCACGCUCCAAUUCGUACAGUCCGAAUGAAGCAUCUUCCUGCCCCUUGCUCACUGCCGACAUAA